AUGGAAAACAACGUGAAAGUCAAUGUUCUGUUCUUCGGAAAAGCCAGAGAACUCGCCGAAUGCGACUGUAAAAAGGUUCUUUUAUUCACAAAAUUGAAAAAAAAAAAUUGAUUUCCAGACUUCCUUGCCCAAAAACGUAAAGUACGAAAAAUUGAAAGAGUUGAUUUUCCAAGAGGUGAGGAAUUUUAAAAAAUUUUCUUAUAUUUUCGGAUUUUGAGGUCGUUCCCGAACUUCAAAGCAUAGAGAAGGCGUGUAUUUUAGCUGUUGAUCAAAGGUGGGAGAAUGGUCGCAUUUGGAAUGGCUCGACGCGAUUUCUUGAAGGCGUACAAAUUCUGUAGGGGUCGAAUAAGAGCUCACUAUAUGGGUCGACUCUGUUAAUCUCUAGGAAGGUUUUAGUGUCUGACCCCUUGCCCCUAAAGCCCAAGUGGUUCCUUAAGUGGUUGGUGGAUUGGUCCCUAGAGGGGCCCUUGAAGGAACCACUGAAAGACACUGUGGAUUUCCCAAGGAAGCAUUGGAAAAUAUCAGACAAAGAUUUUUCACUAUCUUUCUUCAGUUUUUUUUUCGCUUUGCUAUGUUUCGAGCCAUUCCAAGUAAUUUUUUUUUUUUUGAGAGUUUUUUCUAUUAGAACAAUUUAGUUUGAAUUUUUGAGAUAUGUCGAUCAAAAACGAGGAUUUGACCCUGACGAGUUCCAGUGA